GUGUUUGAAAUAUCGCAGGUCUGAAUGGUGAUUUUGAACUCUCACUACGUGCAGAAAGCUGGCAAGAUCUCUUCGACGCACCUGGAGACAAGGAGUAACCGUCUCGGAAUCGUGGACUUGCUAUUCAUCUUUGGUUUGUCAAUUUACCUUGUCGUUUCUAUCUGAGCCAAUUAAUCGGGAGCACGUUAAUUUGUAGCUGAAAGGCUCGCGGCAACGUCGUUGCGGUGAUCACGGUUUAAUCUUAGAUACCAUAGUUAACACGACGUGUACAUGCUGUGGCGAAAGUGCCUGGUACCAGAGUGACUUCCUGGUUGCAACGGUCAAUUGGAUACACGCCAACGCCAACGACGACUUCGAACCUCCACGCCAUUUGAUUCUGUCAAGACCCACGUUAUGGUCACCGGAUGUUUUUUAAAUGCGCUUGAGUCACCACGGCGUUCUCAUUGUUCUUCUCAAUACAUCGGCAAGUAUCAAUUGUCGAUCGGGCGGGGUGGUGCGGCAAUUGUCAGACCACAGUCACUACCCUGUUGAUAGAUUCUCUGCUUCUAGCUCUCUUCAAUGGAUUCGAACGUUCUCACCAGUCAGCAUAUGUCGUGACGCAGUCAGGAACGAAUGGGUUAUCGUUUACCCAUCGAGUUCACCGUCACCCCAAACGCCUAGAGGUGAAUUCUU